AUGUAUAAAAACUCUCAACAUGCCUAUGCCAUGAAAGUAAUUUUAGUUGGAUCAAGCGGUGUUGGCAAAACAAGUCUUGUGAGUGCAUUCUUCGAAAAUCCAUUUGAUUUGCAAGCUCUGCCAACAGUUGCUCCAGCUUCAUGCAAUGCUACUAUAAAUCUUCCUGGUGGAACUCGUGUUGAACUUCAAAUAUGGGAUACUGCCGGACAAGAGCGUUUCCAAGCAAUUUCUCAGAUGUUUUACCGUGAUUCUCACAUUGCAUUUGUUUGCUACGACACAACUACCGAGGAUACAGUUCCAAGUUGGGUAGAACGCGUUAGAUCAGAAGUACCAGAUUGCAUUAUAUUCCUUGUAAGUACAAAGUCAGAUACUUUAACUCCAGAACAGCUAUUAAAAGUCCGCGAGAAAGGCCAAAAAUUUGUGGAUGAACAAGAGGCAUAUAUGCAUUGUAUUACAUCAGCAAAUAAAAAGAAUGGAGUUCAAGAACUAUUUACCGAAGCGGCUAAAUGCUGCACAAUGGUAUAUCAAUCUAACCAACCUACUGUAGAUCUUACACCAACUGGUGGUGAUAAUAAGAAGACUGGUUGCUGCUAA